AAUUGUUAUUAAACCGAAAUUAGUAGUAAACAGCUGAAUAUUCAAAAAUCCGGACGAUCAAGAUGAGUUUGUACACAAAAACAUGUGAAGUUUGCGACGAACGCAUCUCCAGAUAUCGCUGUCCCCGCUGUGGCGUACUCACUUGCAGUAUGGCCUGCUGCAAACUCCACAAAAAUGGCAAAAAUUGUUCAGGGAUAAGAGAGAAAACUGCCUAUGUGUCGAUGAACGACUUUACAGAUCUCACUCUUUUAAAUGAUUAUAGAUUUUUGGAGGAUGCUGAAAGAAAAAUUGAUACUGCCAGUAAAGAAAACAAAUUGAAAGGGAACCUCAGAUAUAAGCCUAAAUAUUUUUGUAUACUGCAAAGUCAAGCUCGAAAAAGAGGAACAUCUCUACAAGUACUACCAACUGCAUUCACAAGACACAAGUGCAACAAAUCAUACUACGAUUACAAGAAGGGUAGCAUCGAUUGGACUGUCGAGUGGAGGUUCAACGACGAUGACAUCAAACCUACAACUAGCAAAGUUUCCGAAUCGAAGAUACUUCUCGAGGCUUUUGAGGAAUUUAUCUCCGAAUAUUCAUCGAAGGUUCCCAGUCUGGAAAAUGCUCUGGAGCGCUAUACAGCGGCUUUGAGGGAUGACAAAUUGAAAAUAUUCUUCAAAGUCGAGAGAAUUUCGAAGAAUCAAAAAAACAAACUCCAUGAAGUUGAUCUAAAAAGGAGUCUGAUGGAGAACUUGAAGGACAAAACAAUUCUAGAAUUUCCAACAUUCUUAGUGACUGCAAAAUAAAGGAAUGAAUGAAGGAGUGAAUGAAUGAAGGAAUGAUAAAAUAAAUGGAUGAAUGAUUGACCGACUAGUUGAUUGACUGAUUGAUUGAUUGAUUGGUUGAUUGAUUGACUUGAUUUGAUUGAUUGAUUGAUUGAUUGAUUGAUUGAUUGAUUGAUUGAUUGAUUGAUUGAUUGAUUGAUUGAUUGAUUGAUUGAUUGAUUGAUUGAUUGAUUGAUUGAUUGAUUGAUUGAUUGAUUGAUUGAUUGAUUGAUUGAUUGAUCGAUCGAUCUUUAAAAAACAAAUAAAAACAUUUA